AAAACUCGGCACCACCUAAGUUAUCUAAACCUUCUGAGCCACUAGUACUAAAAGAAGAGCCAGAGCCAAAAAAGGAAAAAGAAAAAAUAGAAGAUUCAGCUCCAAAAAGGUUAGUAGAAACUAGAAGAAUUUCUGACCAAUGUUUAUGUAUCGAUCAUCUUGCUAUUAUUUUAGAAACUUAUUCAUAUCAAGAAGAUCUCUUAGCUAUGUUUGAGAAUGUUGAAGACCAAAUUAGUAAUAUUUAUAGAAAAGAAUUAGCUCGAUUAAAGAUAUUAAAAUAA